AUGUUGCGACAUGGACUAAGGCGAAUGUCAACGAGACCACAGUUUAUCUCCUUUGAUGCCUUUGACACUUUGUACACUCCGCGCGAUCCAAUAGCAAUACAAUACCAUCGGAUUGGACAAGAGUUUGGGUAUGAUAUUCUGGUUGCACUGAUUGAGAAAGAUUUCCCCGUUAAAUUUAAGAAGCUUUUGAAUAAAUAUCCAAAUUAUGGUAAGUAUUCAAAGGAUAUUCGAUCUUGCGACGAGUGGUGGCUGACAUUAAUUGUGGAUGUGUUUAACAUUUCUCAUUUCCUGAAAGAUAUACAAUCUGAAGCAUUCUGUAAGCGGUUAUUAUACCAUUUCACUACCCCAGAUGCAUAUCGUGUAUUUGACGAUGUUGUUCCCACCUUGUACAAAUUGAAAGAUAUGAACAUACCAAUGAUUGUUUCUAGUAAUUCGGAUUCUAGAACAGUACAAGUUUUAGAGAAUCUCGGAUUAAGUAAAUAUUUCAACCAUAUAUAUUUAUCAUAUGAUUUAGGUUCUAGCAAACCGUCACAAGGUUUCUACGAUUCUAUAUUAAAGAGAGAGAAUGUCGUAUCAGGAGAGGAUUGUUGGCACGUAGGAGAUGAGCUUGUUAAGGAUUAUAAGGCUGCACGCAAUGCUGGUUGGAAUUCAGUCCUUCUCAAUAGAGAUUCAUCAGUUCAUGUGGAAAAUAUUGCAUCAAUAUCAAACUUGAAUGAUUUAUUGAAGAUAUUUGCUUGA